CACCCCCACCCUGGGCCUCUGGGAACUCCGGAUCUGAGCAGUGGACACACUAGCCCGCCCGCUCCAAGUCACCAUGGACGCUGAAGGCCUGCCUCUGCUGCUGCUCCCAACCUCGCUUGCAUCCCUGGCGGCCAGCUGGCUCCAAGAAGACUGCCCUGGCCUCAACUUCGCAGCCUUGGUCACUGGGGCUGCCCCCUCGCAGGCGGCUCUGUGGGCCAAAUCCCCCGGGGUUCUGGCUGGGCAGCCUUUCUUCGAUGCCAUCUUUGCCCAACUCAACUGCCAGGUCACUUGGUUCCUUCCAGAGGGGUCGAAGCUGGCGCCUGUGGUCCAGGUGGCAGAGGUGCGGGGCCCCGCCCACCGCCUGCUCCUGGGGGAACGGGUGGCCCUUAACACGCUGGCCCGCUGCAGUGGAAUUGCCAGCGCUGCUGCCGCAGCUGUGAAGAUCGCCAGGGGCACUGGCUGGACAGGGCAUGUGGCGGGCACGAGGAAGACCACGCCAGGCUUCCGGCUGGUGGAGAAGUACGGGCUCCUCGUGGGCGGGGCUGCCUCCCACCGCUACGACCUGGGAGGGCUGGUGAUGGUGAAGGACAACCACAUCGUGGCAGCUGGUGGUGUGGAAAAGGCGGUGCAGGGUGCUCGGCAGGCAGCUGACUUCGCCCUGAAGGUGGAGGUGGAGUGUAGCAGCCUGCAGGAGGCCAAGCGCGCGGCCGAGGCUGGGGCUGACCUGGUUCUGCUGGACAACUUCAAGCCUGAGGAGCUGCACCCUACAGCCAAGGCGCUGAAGGCCCAGUUCCCAGGAGUAGCUGUGGAAGCCAGUGGGGGCAUCACGCUGAGCAACCUCUCCCAGUUCUGUGGGCCUCAUGUUGAUGUCAUCUCUUUGGGGAUGCUGACCCAGGCUGCCCCGGCCCUUGAUUUCUCCCUCAAGUUGUUUGCUGAAGGGGCUACUCCAGUGCCUCACGCCCGCCGUCCCUAAAGCCAAGGAGGAUACCACGGCAGUGCUAAUGUGACUUGCCGGGACCCUUGGGUUCCAUCUUUAGGUUCAGUGGCCAACAGGACACACUCAGCAUUAGACUGGGAUCAGCUCCAGCUCUGCCAUUUAGUGCUUGUAUGACCUGUCAGGGCUGAUGUCACCUCAAUUUCCUAAUCUGUAAAAUGGGUCUAAUAAACACCCGAGCUUAUGGGAUUUGAUACUUACCACACAGAAAGUGGUCAGUAAAUGCCAGAAACUACCACAGUU